UCCUGAGAUCAGGAUGUUCCAGCAGACGGCGGGGCACCAGCAGAACGGCAGCUGUGAGGGGACGUUCCCGGGCUGCAACAGGACCACGGGCGGUGAAGACGCCCUACAGCUGCCCACCUUCUCCAUGGCCGCCAAGGUGCGGGUGAUCAUCACCUUCGUCCUGUGCGUGGUCUCCGCCGUCUGCAACCUGGCGGUGCUGUGGGCCGCCAGCACCAACCAGAAGCGCAAGUCGCACGUGCGUAUCCUCAUAAUGAACCUGACGGCGGCCGACCUCCUGGUGACCUUCAUCGUGAUGCCGCUGGACGCCGUGUGGAACAUCACGGUGCAGUGGCUGGCCGGCGACGCCGCCUGCCGGCUCCUGAUGUUCCUCAAGCUCCUGGCCAUGUACUCUGGCGCCUUCGUCACCGUGGUGAUCAGCCUGGACCGUCAGUCCGCCAUCCUGGACCCCCUGGCCAUCAACGAGGCCAAGAAGAAGAACAAAAUCAUGUUGGCCGUGGCGUGGGCAAUGAGUGUGGUCCUGUCAGUCCCACAGAUGUUCAUAUUCCACAACGUGACCAUCACGGUUCCUCAGAACUUCACCCAGUGCACCACCCAGGGCAGUUUUGCCAGGCACUGGCAGGAGACCGUGUACAACAUGUUCACCUUCGUCUGCCUCUUCCUACUGCCUCUGGUCAUCAUGAUCUUCUGCUACACCAGGAUCCUUAUGGAGAUCUCCAGCCGCAUGACCAAGGGCAACGUAUUGUCCAAUGAGGUGCACCUCCGUCGCUCAAAGAACAACAUCCCGAAAGCCCGGAUGAGAACUCUGAAAAUGAGCAUCGUCAUUGUGAUGUCCUUCAUCAUCUGCUGGACCCCUUACUACCUGCUGGGCCUGUGGUACUGGUUCUUCCCCGACGACCUGGAGGAGACUGUCUCCCACUCCCUCACUCACAUGCUCUUCAUUUUCGGGCUCUUCAACGCCUGCCUGGACCCCAUCACCUACGGGCUCUUCACCAUCCACUUCCGAAAACGGGUCAAGCGUUACUGCCACGGCGCCACCGUCCUGGUGGAGUCGGAGAACAACUCAACUGCCACCGCCUCCUUCAGGUGCUCCACCUCGCCCUUGCGGAUGAAGCAAGUGACCAGUCAGGAGCAGCAAGGUGCUCAGGGGGCCAGCGGUGGACAGAAGGAGCAGGAGAAGAAGACCAACUACUACAACAGCUACCUGACCGUCUGCGCCAAUGAAGGCGAGGACACCAGCCCAGAGAGCAUGAUAUGA